UACAGUCUUUGAGUGAUAAUCAAUUAGGUUAGGAUACGAAACAAAGAAGAGACUAUUAUGCCGAAGAGUUCUUCAUAAAUUGUGGUACAAGAGGGCAACUAUAGGCUAUUGAAUAUUUUUGAAGAUUCAUCAGAAACUUUCGAGAAUAGCUCUUAGUCCUAUUUUAAUUUUACCAUGGAAUGGCAUCGCGUAAUGUGGAUUUUAAAGUAGAAUAGAAUCACUAUCAGUCCGUAUAUUUGCAGAUGCAGUAAUCUCUUCGUGGUGAAACCUGAGUUGGUAGUAUCUGUAAUGUAUUGAAAUUUUAUGGGAUUCAAGUACUACCAAGCGAAUAACGGCAUAUUUUAAGACUUUCCUAAUAUCUUUUCAAUCUAAUUCCAACUAAACAUUAACGUACUUUCAUUUUACAUUGCUAAUCAUACUUCAAUAGAUAAAUGAAUCGGAUAUAUUAAAAUUUUUAAAUAAUUUCUUAAAGAAACUAAAUACAAACAACUUUUUUUAUCACACUUAUGUUUUUUAUCAUUCCUAUUUAUUCUUAUUUACUCUUAUUAAUUACUAUUUAUAAGUCUCGCAUGGAUGUCUCAGCAUCAUAUUUACUGAAUCGAUGAACAGCCUUAAAACAUGCAGUUCUUAUUUCAGCGGAGAAAACGCAACGUAUAAAAUGGCCAUAUAGUUCUAACUUUAAAAGUAAACCACAGUAUGAUUUAAAAGUAAAUCAUAGUAUUUAAAACAUUUAUCAGAAAAGACUACAUUUUAAAUAUUAUUUUAAUUCAAACUUUAUUUACAAAUAAUAUAAAUUCGAAAUAUUACUAGUGUGCCAUCUAUAAUUACACUUCAUCAACACAAAUCUGAUGGUAAUAACUAUGAUAAAUGGAAUUUGAUAGCAAUGCCACAGUUGAUAUUUGAAAUUACUUAAUAAUACAUCAUAGAUAUUAGCUCUUAUGUUGAUAUAUUUUAUGUCUAACGUUUAUGCGUCUGUGCGAACUUUCGUAAUCAAAUAGUAAAGUAAUUGCGCGGGUUCUUACAAGAAUGGAUGAAGAUUCAGAGGAUCCUAAGUUAAGUUCUAAGUUUUUAAAUAAUUUGAAAGAAAAAGGAAAAUUAUUUGAUGGAUUUGAUGAUGGUAUCAAGAUAUUACAACACAAAGCUACGACAAAAGGAUUAUCGAAUGAGGAUAUUGAUCGAUUGAUAGAUAUUAUUACACAUAUUAAUUUUGGUGCUGUAAAAAACAUUUUGCUAAUAAAAUGUCUAGUACCAAUAUAUAAAAUAUCAAAUGAAGCACUUAAGCUUAUGAUAACAUGGUGUUUGUCAUCCUUGGAUGAUCUAAAAAUCACAGUGGCAAUUAUAAUUAUGCAAUGGAUCGUUGGAUUGUGGGAAUAUGGUCUCGCCGAUAGGAAAAUCAUUAGUAUGUACUAUGAUGUAUUUUUCCAUUGGAUGCUGAGAAAAGAAAGAUUGGAGAAGCAUAUAGCACAAGUGAUAUAUAUAUUAACAAAACCAGAAGAUGUAACACGUCGAAAUAUUUCUAGAAUAUUAUUUCUUCAUAAGAAGCAUUCCAAUCGACAAAAGCAUACUAUUGCCCUACUUUCCUUAUUUAAAACUUAUAAGCCUGAAUUAGUGCCAGAAAGAAUUGAAACUAUGAAUAUAGAAAGUGUUUGGAAACCCAUACCAGAAGUAUUACGAGUAGCAUUAAAAGAUGCUAAAGAUCGUUCAGAAAUGCAACAGAGCCUUAAUAAAAUACAAGAACAUUUUAAUUGGAAUAUCUCAAAAUUUUCUAAAAGAAGGGAAAAAUUACUCUUACCAUCUGUUGGAUAUUUUCAUAUUGGUUCGAGUAUCUUUAAAGAAAAAGAUGCCAAAUCUAUUUUUGAUGUAUAUAACAUUAAUGAAUUAGGACAGCAUUAUUCGAGUAUUGAACUACCUUGUAAUGCAAUAUCUUUGUUAGUUAAUAUGGCUGGUUACCAUCUUCUCACAUAUGCUAAUUUUCAUUUUCAAAGUAGAUUUUCUUACAAUCUUUAUAAUACACUUAGAAGAGCAUUUAUAUUAGAAAGAGGUAAAUUUUCUGAAACAGAAAUGGAAAAACUACUCGAUAUGACCGUCGAAUUUUGUAAAUAUAUGCAACAAGGUAUACUUGUUGUAAAUCUUUUCAUUGAUGAGUACUUGUAUCUAAACAGCAGAGAACAUGAUAUUAAAAUAUUAGAAUUAUUACAAUGGAUGACUUUCGUAUCUGUAACAGAAGUACAGCAAACGAUAUUACCACAUAUAAAAAAUAUGUUUUAUGAAUCAUCAAUUGCCCUCAAAUGCAAAAUUAUAGAAACUUGUAGAAUUCUUAUCACCAAUAUAUUCGUUAAUCAAGGAUUUGAUGAAUGUUGUCAAAAAGUACCAGCACCAUUUUUAGGACAAGCACCAAAGGAUAAAAUAACUGAUGUUAUUUCUAUUCUUAUAAAGAUCUCAAAAGAUCUUAUUAUAACUGGUUUAAAUGCACACUCAUACAAUAUAUUACUUCUAUCUGAAAGUCUGACAUUUUAUGAAAUGCUUUUUGAAUUGGAAUCUCAUAGUAAUAUAUCAUCAUGGACUAUAGCUCCUGCUCCUGUAAUUUAUGCAGCAUUUGCAACUAAAAAUUGUGCGCUUGUUAAUAGAAUUUGUGCAUUGAUAUUAAGAUAUUUGGAAAUGGCUGCAGUUCUAAAAAAACAAGAUAUAAACGAUUUUAACAGUAACAUUGAGACAAUAUCUAUUUAUAUUACAGAUAUAGCAGGAGCUUUUUGGUAUAAUAAGGCUUUUAGCAAUCAUAAUGAUUAUUUUUUUAAAUCGCCUGCUUUAGAAGAAUUUGGAAAUUGUAAUUUUAAUCUUCAGUUAAAUAUUAAUAAUCAUUAUGCCACCCUGCCUUAUAAACAUGUAAUUACCAAGGAGUUUCUUAAAGGUGUCAAAAUAACAACUAAGGAGGAUGCUAUUAAUGUUGCUGAACAGUACUAUCCUGCAGUCAGAGAAUUUUUAAAACAAGUAAUACCAGAAUUACAAGAAUGAGAACAAAUGAUUGAAUAUUAUUUAAGAAAAAGUUGUAUCUAAAUUUAAAACAUGUAAUUAUAAAAAAUUAAAAAAUUUUACUUAAUUGUUUAAAAAAGUUGACAAAAUUCUCAUAUGUAUAUAUAUAUAUUGGGUCAUUCAGAAAGUUCAUUCCAAUUUUCGGUAGGUAGCAUAAGGACAGGACUAAAUAUAUCAGAAUGAUUGAAAACAAAUGAUAUAGAUGGUAUUUCAAAGAUAUUUGGAAAAAAUUUUGAUUACGAUACGUUAAUUUUUGUUAGUUCUAUAUGCCUUUAAAUGUGUGCAUAAAAAGUGCAUAAGUGUAUUAUAAGUAUUUAAUGCUUUUCUUUUAUCAGAAAACCAAAAAAACCACACAAGUAGCAAAUAAGAUAUGCGCUGUUUAUGGCGAAGGUGUUGUAUUUGAAAGAACUUUGCAGUAGUGGUUUGCUAGGUUUAAAGCUGAUGAUUUCAACCUUAAAGAUCAAGAACGUCCGAGUAGACUCUCCACUAUAGAUAAAGAUAAAAUUAAAACACUGAUUUAUAAUAAUGUUGAAUAAAAAAAAAUCUUGGAAUAAAUUCAGAGAAGUAUUGUUUCCAAUUAGAUAAAUUAAAGACAGCAUUUGAAAAAAAACGUCAAGAAAUAGCGAAUUGGAAGGCCGUCGUGUUUCAUCAGGACAAUGCACGGCCUCAUAUGUCUUUGAUAAAUCGAUAAAAGUUGUUGAAGCUCGGUUGGAAUGUUCUACCCCAUCCACCAUAUUCAAAUUUCGCGCCCUCUGAUUUCCACUAUUUCGAUCAUUACAAAAUUUCCUCAAUGGAAAAAUCUUCAACUCUUUGAUCGAGAUAAAAAAUUACAGAAAAGUUUUUCGUUGUGAAACCUGAGAGAUUCUGGAAGGACGGAAUUUUCAAGUAACCUGAAGGGUAAAGAAAGAUCACAAACGAAUUAAUGGUCCAGAAGUGUCUGUACCAUAUAAUAUUUAUAUUAAUUCUAAUUGUGAAGAAAAAUAUACUAAAAAUAAUAUAUCAGAAAGGAAGGAUGGUCGUGCGCA